AUGAAGCUACAGCACCAUCUAGUCCUGGCCUGGGCUGCCCUCGCCGCCGCCCACGGCGCCUUCGAACAUGAAACCCUAGAAGCCGCGAUGGCCCGCCAUCGCCACACACUUAAAGCGCGACGCAGUCUCGAGUCGUGCGCCGGGGACCUGGAGAGCUCAGGCAGCAAUCUGCGUCUCCGCGCGCGCCGCGACGAGAUUAUCGAGCAUCACCGUCGGCGCAAGCGGUCUACUGUCGAGAUCCUGAAUGCCACCCACCUCCACACCGGGCCGCGGAUCGACCCAUCCCGCCCGGGAGAGGUCUUUGCAGACGAGCACCAUGUGCUUCUCACCCCCUACGGCGACAAUGGGCCGUACUACGUGCCGGGGGAGCUUAUCCGCGAGGACGCGCGAGAGGACCAGCUCGGUGUGCCCAUCAUCGUGGAGGCGCAAUUCAUCGACUACGAGAGCUGUCUCCCCGUUCCCGGGAUGUUCUGGGAUAUGUGGAACGCGAACGCGACCGGGGUGUACAGUGGGGUGAUCAAUGAGGGUAACGGCGACUUUCUGGACCACUCCAACGUGAACGCGACUUGGCUGCGCGCUGUACAGAUGGCGGACCAGGACGGGGUGGCGCGCAUCCAGACCAUCUUUCCCGGCCACUACACCGGCCGCACCAACCAUAUCCACAUCAUCGCUCAUACCAACGUGGUUGUCCUGCCCAACGGAACCAUCACCGGCGGCAGCAUCAGCCACAUCGGCCAGUUCUUCUUCGACCAGGCCCUCGUCGACGCUGUCGAGACCACCUACCCCUACACCCUCAACCCUUACGCGGUGAUUGGUAACGCUCUCGACGACACAUUCCACCAGGAGACUGCCUUCUCCGCCUCCGAUCCGGUAUUCAACUACGAGUACCUGGGAGAUACCCUGCAGGAUGGGCUGUACAUGUGGGUACGGAUCGGAGUGAAUGUGUCAGCGAGCUGGCAGUCCGAAUACAGCUUCACCCAUGGUGCUGACGGAGGGAAGUAUUCCUGUGGCACGGGUCGAAUCGGGGCCAACUACACCACCUCAGACGAGGACUGCGCUGAUAACGUUAAUGUCGGCGCCCUGCCGGGCGAAACUGCGCCAGGUCCCGCGGUGUAUUCAGCUCCGCCUCCCACGGCGUGGGACAAUGCUACCGAGACAGCGGAGCAGCAGGCGGAUCAUGAUGCCUUGCAGUCGGCGGUGGCACACGCAGAAUCCACUGAGGCGGCCUACUUGGCGAGUAUCUCCAGCGAAAGUACCGCAACAGCUACCGCGCAGUGA